AUGGGUGACUGGAGCUUCUUGGGAAACAUCUUAGAGGAAGUAAAUGAACACUCUACGGUAAUAGGCAGGGUAUGGCUGACCGUACUCUUUAUUUUCAGGAUUUUAAUCCUGGGGACAGCAGCAGAGUUUGUUUGGGGAGAUGAACAAUCCGAUUUUGUUUGCAACACCAAGCAACCAGGAUGUGAGAAUGUGUGCUACGACGAGGCCUUCCCCAUCUCCCACAUCAGGCUGUGGGUGCUCCAGAUCAUCUUUGUAUCCACACCUUCGCUGGUGUACGUGGGCCAUGCAGUGCACCACGUACACAUGGAGGAGAAGCGCAAAGAGCGAGAGGAGGCAGAGAUGAACCGCCAGCAAGAGAUGGGUGAGGAGCAGCUGCCGCUGGCACCCGACCAGGGCAGUGUCCGCACUGCCAAAGAAACCAGCACCAAGGGCAGCAAGAAAUUCCGCCUGGAGGGCACUCUACUUCGGACCUACGUCUGUCACAUCAUCUUCAAGACCCUGUUUGAGGUGGGCUUUGUGGUGGGGCAGUAUUACCUCUAUGGCUUCCAUAUCCUCCCCCUGUACAAAUGUGGUCGCUGGCCCUGUCCCAACGUUGUUGACUGCUUUGUCUCACGACCCACCGAGAAGACCGUCUUCAUUAUCUUUAUGGUGGCUGUGGCCUUUGUCUCGCUCUUUCUCAACUUUGUUGAGAUCUGCUACCUAGGCAUGAAGAAGAUUCGCUUGUCUUUCCGCAAACCACCUCAGCCACAGGGAGCUGCUCUGGCCCCUGAAAGGAACAUACCCUCCAUCGCAGUCUUCUCCAUCCAGAAAGCCAAGGGCUACAAAUUGCUGGGUGAUGACAAGCGUGCCUCCCACUUGUUCCCGCUGACAGAGGUGGGGAUGGAGGCUGGCAGACUUCCUGCUGCAUUUGAACCCCUAAAGGAGAAGGUGAUGGAGCCAGUGCCUCUGGAGGAGUCCAAGGUGUACAAUGAGACUCUUCCCUCCUAUGUUCUGACCACUGAGCCAGAGAAGAAGGUUCCCCUGGAGGAGGAAGAACAAGAGGAAGAUCAAGAAGAGCAGGAGGAACCUUCCGCUGAAGGAGAGAUGGAGGCUACAGAGACAACAGAGGACAUGAGGCCCCUCAGCAGCCUGAGCAAAGCCAGCAGCAGGGCGAGGUCAGACGACUUGACUGUGUGA